GGCGGGGGGAGGGGUGGGGUUUAGAGGAAGCGGAAGUGUCAGAGCAGGCGGAAGUGGUACUGCCCUGAAUACCCUGAGCAGCGAGCGGAGGACGGCUUGAUAAACUCCCAUCGUUCAGAGAAUAAAAUCGGGAUUCCUUGUACGCUCUAAAUCCUCAAAAUGGAUAAGAACGACCUGGUGCAGAAAGCCAAGCUGGCAGAGCAGGCCGAGCGCUAUGACGACAUGGCGGCUGCCAUGAAGGCCGUGACAGAGCAGGGCUCGGAGCUCAGCAACGAGGAGCGCAACCUGCUCUCUGUCGCCUACAAGAACGUGGUGGGGGCCCGUCGUUCAUCCUGGCGCGUCAUCUCCAGCAUCGAGCAGAAGACGGAGGGGAACGAGAAGAAACAGCAGAUGGCACGCGAUUACCGUGUGAAGAUCGAGGCUGAACUCCAAGAAAUCUGCCACGACGUGCUGAAUCUGCUCGACAAAUUCCUCAUCCCCAACGCAACUCCGGCGGAGAGCAAGGUGUUCUACCUCAAAAUGAAAGGAGACUACUUCAGAUACCUGUCAGAGGUGGCCUCUGGGGACUCAAAGAAGGACACGGUGGCGUGCUCUCAGCAGGCCUACCAGGACGCCUUCGACAUCAGCAAGAAGGACAUGCAGCCAACACACCCCAUCCGGCUGGGCCUGGCCCUCAACUUCUCCGUCUUCUACUACGAAAUCCUCAACUCGCCCGAGCAGGCCUGCUCUCUGGCCAAGCAGGCUUUCGAUGAGGCGAUCGCCGAGCUCGACACCUUGAACGAGGACUCGUACAAAGACAGCACGCUGAUCAUGCAGCUACUAAGGGACAACCUGACUCUGUGGACAUCAGAAAACCAGGGAGACGAGGGCGAAACCGGCGAUGGAGAGAACUAGAGCGCACUUCACUGUUAACCCAUCCCCACUCUCUCCCUCCUCCUUUUAUCUCUCUUCCUCUUUCUUCUCUUCUUCCUCUCUUCGUACACAUAAACAGCCCGUUCAUUCCCUCGUCCCACUUUUUCAAGCCCAGCCUCUCGACUUCCCUUCUGUAUAACCAACAGCAUGAAUAGUACCUGACCUUCACAGACGGAUAUUUAAAAAAAUAAAAAAAAGGAGGGGGGGGAAAAAAAGAGAAACUACUACUCCAUCAGCCCACCAUCCCUCCGUCCCUCCUCCCACCCUCCCUCCCUUGAUCAUGGCACUCCAAGGCAGGCCAGCAGACUACAACCACUGGCCGGUCUAGUCUUAUAGCACGCAGGGAGGGUUUUUACCCCAAAACCACAAAUUAAAUUAAUGUGUUUUAGAGCCCACAUUUCCCCCCCGUUUUUUUACCCUCCUCAUUUAAUCUUUCUCCUCCAUUCCUUCCGUUCUUCCCUCACUCCUCUUCCCCUCCUUCCUAACAUCUCAGUACGUUCUCUCCCUCCUCCCUCCUCUCUUUUAGCGAGUUAAUGCAUUAUAUAGUUGUCCAUCCCUUCUCUUUUUGGCUUUUCUUAGUGUACUGGCAAAUGGCUGGUUUUAUUCCACUUUAAACAAAACAAGAAAAGGUUAUUAAACUGUCCGUUUAUUUUCAACAAACACUGUGAUGCUUAGUUUUUCCUCCACCUUUUGCCACCAGAUCCUCGUUUGACGGCAAAAAAAAUAAAUAAAUUCAACCGGGAGGGGGUGUGUUUGAACAGCAGUGCAAUUCUGCUGAGGUUUAUACAGAAGGGUCCUCCUACAAGGCUGUAUUGUGACACUGACAAAUCUAAAAACGAAAGCGUUUUACCUGCUGCGUAAACAAACACUCGCCAUUUUUUUAAUUUUAUUUGUAUUAUUUUCUAACCGGGACCCCGACUUUUAUUUGACGCCAUUCUGUAUAUUUCCAGUUCGGAGCUAAAACUGAUUUGAAAAAUUACCAACACAAAACUAAAACAAAAGCAUACAUUCCAUCUUAGUGUUUGAGAAAAUUUUGGACAUUUUCACAACUAAUGGGACCCGCCUGCUUCCUUGGAUCCACCUCCUGUCAAGGUGCUGUUAACAUCACCAACAAGCGGUCCCUAAACAUUAAUUCCUUAACAUGUUCAUUUCCCUUUUGCGAUUGCUUUUCUCUUUUUUUCUCUCUGUGUGUAUAACAAAUCAAAUCCUUCUUUCCGGUUUUUGAAAACUGUAAAAUUGUAAAACAUUUUUAGAGCUUAACUGUAAAUCUGUCUUUUGGAAAAACAAAACGGUUUGUCGAUGUUGUUCGUAAACACCUGCUUGCAAUGAAAACCUUGAAGCCGUUACAGUCAGCUGUUGUUUUAUGCUUUAUGCAUUUUUGACCAGAUCAUUUUUUGGUACUUUUUUUUUUUUCACUUCUUCUUAUGCCCCCUUAACUGCUUGUACCAACAAGUCUAGAAAAGCCCUCUCGCUCCUGAAGCUCCUCGCCAACAUCAAAAUGCAUGCCGUCAUCUCUAACCAUGUAAAUCUACCGAAAGCAUUGAGUGGGGAGUUACACACUUUUGUGGAUCGACACUUAAAAACUUACUGCUUCCUGGCAGAGAGCCCAGGCAUUGGUCCUGUGACCUGAUUACCUGAGGUCGGAUGGAACAGUGUCAGCUAACGGCCUUAAAGCUGAGUUGAGAAUCAUAGUUCAUUCUUGACCCUUUUUAAAAACCUAAAAUAAAGGUUUAUUUACUAGCUUUUUCUGGAGCUUCAAACUCAAAGCUCCAGAGAAGAAUAGUAAUUGAAUCUUGAGUUUGGACAAAAAGGUGCAUCUUUUGAAUAAUAACCAGAAGAAAGGUGCAACUAAAGCUGAAUUCAUUCAAAAUUAGGUGGGGAAACAAACGAAUGAAGCAGUGAUUUUAUGUGUCACAGCUGGCGCAGUUCGAGUCCACAACAGGAACGUGCGUCGAAGGAGCCAAAUCUCCCGGCAGCCGAUCAGCCAAUCAUCUGUUUGUGGAAGCGAGAACCUGUCGUUUCGGAUCGCGGUUAAUGCUCAUCUCUCCGACUGCAUUCAGAAGAGAGAAAACACUCAGCAGUUAACGGUACAUUUUCCGAUCUGGUAGAUUUACAAUGUGUACAUUUUUAACUGGCAAAAAAUAAAUAAAAUCAGGUUCCUUGUGGUUUAUCUUUAAGUGACGACGCCCUGGCCAAUAGCAAGAAUACUGUACGCGUUCAAAAGCGAAAUCCAAAAACUAGUCUUUAGUCCCAAACUUUGAGAAAUAUCGACCGACCAGAAUGCAGACCGCUGAGUCUCAGAAGACCCUCUUUUUCUUCAAAAGUAGAAACAGUUGAGUAAAUUUUUUCUCCACUCAGUGUCACAAUAACCUUGUCAUUAACCAUCUCGACAUUCCACUCUGUAGGUGUAGAAAAGUCAUGUGUCUCAAUGUUUUUUUUUUUUUUCUUUUGCUGGGGACAAAUGUUUUCAUGCACUGAAGUUUAAAAGGUAAAAAAAAAAAAGUAAUUAUUCCUCCCUGCCGCUCUUUUUCUCGUUAGCUGAACAAAAAGGCAGUUAUUCUACGCUUUAUAAGGAAAAAAAUGAUCCCAUGCAGUAGUGAAUGUGGCACCGAGCCUGUCUGUAUAUCUGGUAUCUCAAAUCAUUUUGUUUUUACUGACCAGUAUUCUGCUUAAAAUAAAAAGGAAAAAAAAAUAACCCAAAAAAACAACAAAAAAAAAAAGUUUGCUUCUGUGACGGUUUUAUUGCUUAGCGCGCACGUGGUUGUGAAAAUUUAGACUUUAGCUUAAGGACACCAAUAAAAUGAGAAAAUGACAAAAAAAAAGAAACACCCUUCAACACCUUCCCCCCACCCUGGUUAUUGACGUAAUACUAGAUUUGUGUAUGUCUUUUAAAAAAAAAAAAAUCCAACUCUAGUUUCACCUUACAUGUUAUAAACAGGACAAAAUGUAAAAGACAAUUUAAAGUGAAAUAAAGGUUUUAUCAGUUCCGAA